AAAGGUCAUACGAGCGAUGGGACUGUUUUGAAAUCCGCAAAUGGGGUGUUUCUGUACUUCGUUGUGAUCGGGAAUGUCGACCUCAAAUUGCCAUUUCUCUGACAUAAAAAGUCUUUUUGAUAACGCGGUUGAAAAUGGUGAAAUUACAGUGCUUGAAUUUACUACUCGGCUGUCAGAAAUAAGUAUAGGCUUAUCACCUGAAGAGAAAAAAUCUCUGGCACAACGCGUAGAUAGCGAAAUGAAGAUGUCAUGUAAGCAGAUUCUAGAAAGGCAUUCUUCAGACAAUGGAAACGAAAGAUUGUCUAGAGAGUAAGUCAGUCAUUCUCAAACUACUCCAGGCUACAAUUUCAAAUUUUGUUGGUCCUUCAUACUCGUCUCCUAUGCUCGUUUGAAGAAGACGAUAUGUGUGCUGACCACGAACUUGGUGACUGGAUUUCAGAACUAAUCAGCCGGCUUAGCUUAUGUGAUCCUACUUGGAAUGAAUGGAAAAACUUUCUAAAAUUGGAAGUUGUCGAUAGGUACAAGACAACCUUUGGUCGCACACUAUUUUAUGUGUAUAUGAAUCUUGGUUUGGAACCUCCUGAGUGCCUACCCAAUGAUACGGAACUUACGACAUCAGUAUCACGUACUCUAGAAGAAAAUGUGGAUGAAGUCGAUGGGGUCAUAUCAAGUUCACCUCGACCAUCAAAUGUCAUGCAAUCUUCACCAGUACCACGUAAUACCCUCAGACAAUCGCUUCCACGUGCUUUGUUUACUGAUUCAAUACAGAUCUCACUUUCAUCCAAUGAAACCCCUAAUCCUUUGACAUCCACUCCAAUUUUAUCCAAUGUUAUUAAUUCAUGUCCUGUCAACAUAGAGUCAUCUAGUAAAUAUCAAUCUUGUAAGACCUUGCCAACUCCUCAUCUAGUACUUAUACCAUGUCAACGAUCAAAACGAAAAUGCCGUACUCCAACGAAACGCAUACCAGUAAAACGAGAAUCUCGAAAGAAGCCAACAAACACAACACCUACUACAAGACAAAGGAAUCCUUCAGCUAAUUCAUCAAAACGGACUCCAGCUUCAACGUCAGCUCGUACUCCAAGGAGUUCAAAUCGAUCACGUUCACAUACUAUCACGUCUCCUAAUGCUAAUAGCUUAAGGCAAAAGUCGACAUUGUCGGAAACGUCCACUUCAACAAGAGGAGAAUCUAAAAGGAGGGCGAAUACCGAUUCAAAACGUUGUAACCAUCGACGGUCAGUACAUGAGACACCUAAUCCAGAGAAAUCAUAUCCUCGUUGGGAACGAGCUAAGUUGGCUGCAGCAGAGAAAACAAAAAAUAAGGCAAUUAUUGUAGAUGAAUCACCAAUAAAACCACCGCUAACAACAGUCAGUCCAUUACGUCGGCUACGUCGAGCUAAUUCUAUGCUAAAUAGUCUUUUGUAUAUAGAAGCACAAGAAGCUGCCAAUAUAACAGCUCAAACUCACAGUGGUGGUGGUGGUGGUCUUCCAACACUAUUGAGUAAUAGUUCCAGUCUACCAUUAAAUUCCGAUGAUGAUAAUGAAGAUAACAAUCGACUAACUCGUGAAUCAUCACUUCAGUUUAGUCAAGAAUUACCGAUACAAUAUAAGGAUUCAUGUUUGUCCGUAGCAAUGUCACGUGCUGAACGUUGGCGACGACGUCAGUUAGAAGAGGAAGCUAGCUUAAGUCAAUUCUCAACACAAAUUUCUAAUAUUCAAUCAAAUUCUGUACAUAUAAAUAAUGAUCUUAUCAAUGAAAAUGUUAAUCCAUCAACACCUCCACGUUUAUUACGUCGUAAUUCUAAUUUACUAGCCAAUAUGAUUUCUUCAUCAGAUCAUCAUCGUUUAAAUACAACAUUAAUUCAAUUAAUUCAUAGUCCAAAACGAAUAAAAACUCCUCGUAAAAAUAUUUUUAAUGUGACGCCCAAGUGUACUUCAAAUGCAAAAAACAAUUGCUCUCAAUUGUCUACAACAACCACUCAAAUAAAUACGGACUGUUCAAAUCCAGUACAAAUUACUACAACUCCUCCUAUCUGUACUAUGAAACCAUUUCUACAAAAUGAUGUUCAACCUAUGUCAAAUGUGAAUACAGUAGGCUCAAUCCCAAGAUCUACUCCUCGACGUAGAACGUACAAAUCUAAAGAUAUUGAUGAUAGUCAUCCUGUCAACACUACUGCUACUAGUCGUCGUCGGACUAGACAUUCUUCUGGAUUUGUUCAAUCGAACACACGUGAAACUAUUGUUUCACCUCAGAUAUUUGACGAAGAGGCAAUGUUCCUUGGAAGAGAAGAAUUUCUGAAUGAAACUACUCCAAAUGUGUCUAACACAGUUGAUGCAUGUAUUGAAGAUGAUGGCGCUGAAUUUGGAGCGUUGUUAAUGUCUAGAAAACGUAGAAAAAUAUCUCCAGUUUGUACACCAACACAACCUCCUGUAUUUCGUUUGAAUACAUUAGCUGUCACAACAACUAUGCCAGCUACCACUAAUAUUCAUCAUCAAGUUUCCACUGGAUCACCUAAUUCUCAUGAUAUGUCCGGAAAUCAUACACCAUAUUCAUUUGGUAGUAAUAAUUUCAUAGCUGACCACUUAAUAAAUGCACCUAAACGUAAUAUCAAUUGUAUUUCUAACAGUAACAGUAGUGACUAUAGUACUUUAGAUACUACUAUUAGUACUACUGCUAAUACUACAUCUUCCACUACUAUUAGUAUUAGUGAUCCAAAACAAUCUGAUAUAAUCAAUAAUUGUAAACCAUCUGUAUUUACUAUAUGUUCAGUAGUUAAACCUAUUCAUCAAUCACCAUUUGCUCCAUUGCAUGUAUUCAAUCGUCCUUCAGUUGCAGUUAGUGAUUCUAUUGAUAAUACUACAACAAUGAAUAGUAGUCAAAGUAAUUCUAUAUGUAUAGCAUUACGUAAACGUUUAUUUGGUGGAAUUGAUGAACCAUCUAAUAGUAUAUCUAAUCAUAAAUUAUCUGAAGAUAACCAUGAUAAUGAUAACUUGGAGAAUAUUGAUCCAAAUCCAUUGAACUCCCCAGCAUCAUCAUCAUCAUGUUCAUUAUCAUCAAAAUCUCAAAUUCAAUCAUUAACAAAACAAAAUAAUAAUAAUAAUAAUUCACGUCAUUUAUGGGAUGAGAAUUCAAUAGAUUUAUCAUUAUCACCAGUAUUAAAUCAGUUGCCAUGGAAUAUCCAAACAUCAUCAUCAAUUGAAUUAAAAACUAAUAAUAAUCAUAUUCAAUCAAAUUAUUAUACAUUUACAAAUCAUAAUAGUGUAUAUAAUAGUAAAAGAAUAAUACCAAUUAUUGAAAAUCAAUCAUGUAAUAAUAAUAAUAAUAAUAAUAAUAUAUUACAUCUAAGACGUAAUUUAUUCCAAUGAUUCUUUUUCUUCUCCUUUUCUCUGGUAAAUUUUCUUUCCCCCUCUUUUCUUUUUUUUUAGUUUUCUCUCUGUAGUAACUGUUCCCUACUCCCCCUCUGUUUUCUUUUUUUGGUUUUCUUUCUCUAUCUAAUAAUAUUUCUUUUAUUUUCCAAUUUAUUAUAUAUUUUAGUUUCUCUUUUCUUUUUUUUUUGGUUUACUUUACCUAGUAAGUUUUCUCUUCUCCUACCUCUUUUCUUUCUUCGGCUUUCUUUCUACGUUUAGUCAUUUUUAUUUUAUUUUUUUUUAGUUAGUUAUGCACUUUGUUUCUCUUUUCUUCUUUUCUUUUUUGGUCUUCUUUAACUUAUAAAUUUUCCCUCCUCUCCCCCCUCUUUUCUUUUUUUUGGGGUUUUCUUUUAUUUCCCCAAUUGGUUAUCCAUUUUAGUUGCUCAUAUGUUUAUGAUUUAUAUUGUGAUGAUGUAAAUUUCUUUUCUUUUUUUUAAAUGUUUUUCUAUAUUUUUUUAUACUUUUUUGUGUUAAUCAUCGAUCUGUUAGAGUUACCCUUCUUUUUUUUAAAAAAAAAAGAAAAUUAUAUAAGAUCAUUCAAUGUGGAACAAUUAUCUUUUGGUUUAGGCAUUCCGGCAGUAGUACAGCCUUCACAUAGAUCUAAUGAGGUAUGUGAAGUAUAUGUAUUAAAUACCUCUUUGUACUGAUAUUUAUGUAUUUAAAUAAAAGAAAGAAAAAUACACAACCCUUUUUAAAAUGUUAAAUUAUGUUACAUAUUACUAAUAUAUUAUAAGUAGUAUAUAUAUGUAUAUAUAAACAUUUUUCGAAAAAUCUUGAGUAUCUUUUAUUUUGCUUACAAUUUUAUGUUCAAAAAAUUAUUACUUAUUAUGGUAUUCUAUUU